GUUUCGUUAGCGAGAAGUCAAACGACUAUUUCGCAUAUUUUUUUUAAUGUUUUGAUGCUUUAACUGAAAAUCGACAAAGUUAACGUAAAUCUUGGAUUUAUUAGAAAUUUAUAAGAUAGAAAAGAUGUCUUCUCAGUCCCGAGUUAUAAAACUGGGCGAUCAAAGUACUUUUGUUCAAAUAUCAAACGGUAAAAUACUGCAAGAGAAUGGUCAGAAUGUUUAUUACGUCCUUGGAGAUGAACAAGUCGAGGAGAUUGAACAAAAUACUCAAGAAGAGACCGAAUAUGUAAUAAUGACAAAUCAACAAGGAGACAACGAAUCCUUAGCAUUACAGCAAUUAGAUGUUGCUGAAAAUUGUGUAGUUGAUUCAACAGAUACGAUACGAGUAAGCAUUCUACCUCCAGAGUGUCAUGUGCCCUCAUCCGAAAUUAUAUCGUUGGAAAACAAAGCUCAAGAAGAAAAGGAGGAGAAAGAAUCGAGUUCAUUUAAUACAGUUGCUGAAGAAGUUACAAUUGGAAGGAUUGGUACACCGUAUUCGUAUUCAAAGAAAAAAAUGCUGCAACCAGGUCCUACCGCAGUAUCAGAUGUAGAAAUUAUUACUUGCCCAACCGUAGCAGUAAAAACAGAAAGUAGAAUGGCAUUCGAAAGAAGUAAUAUACCCAUUCACGCACCAAAAUAUGUUUGGCAAUGUGAACAGUGUACUGCGUUAAUGGAAAACGAAGCAGAAUACAAGAAUCACAUAACAUCUUGCGACGAAAUGAUAGAAAUUAAUAACGAUACAAGGUUUAUAUGCCCAAGGUGCCAAAAUACAUUUAAACGAUUGCCAAGCCUACAUUUUCACCUUGAUCGAAUACAUUCUAUGAUCGUACAACAUCCUCAAACAAAUAAUGUCCCCGAAACAGACGAAAUGUCGUUUGAUAAUGGUCAAGAGGACGAAGACGUUGAUGAUGCUGAAUUAAGUGACGAAGACAAUAGUUAG